AUGGCCAGAAAGACCUUUGCUACUCCCCAACACUCCAACAUGGCUUACCGCUCAGCCGCUCCUUCAACCGCCGACAAUGGCUCCAUCAAGCCAGAGGACUACUCCCAGCCAUACUGCGAUUUCAUGGCUGACAACCCAACCAUCUUCCAUGCCGUCAACGCCUUCGCCAAGCAACUCGAGCAACACGGCUAUGAACAUCUCCCCGAGCGUGACGUGUGGACCGGCAAGCUAAAGCGUGGAGGAAAGUACUAUGUUACGCGCAACAGCAGCUCUCUCAUCGCAUUCGCUAUUGGCAGUGAAUACCAGAGCGGAAAUGGCCAUGCCAUUGUGGCUGGUCACGUGGAUGCGCUUACGGCCAAGUUGAAGCCUGUGUCCAAGCUUCCUAACAAGGCUGGUUACCAGCAGUUGGCCGUGGCUCCAUAUGCUGGUGGUCUCGGGAAGACCUGGUGGGAUCGUGAUCUGUCGAUUGGUGGCCGGGUGUUGGUGCGUGAUGAGAACACGGGCAAGGUGGAGAGUAAGCUGGUUAAGCUUGGCUGGCCGAUUGCCCGCAUUCCGACGCUGGCGGAGCAUUUCGGGGCUCCUUCGCAGGGGCCUUUCAACCAGGAGACGCAGAUGGUUCCUAUUAUUGGAAUUGAUAACUCCGACCUUUUCGAGAAGCAGCAGGAUGCUCCGGCCAAUGGAAUCAAGGCUGGAACUUUUGCCGCUUCGCAAUCCCCGAAGCUGGCUACUAUUAUCUCGAAGGAGCUUGGUGUUGAUCCCAACCAUAUAUUGAACUGGGAAUUGGAGCUGUAUGACAGUCAGCAUGCGCAGCUUGGUGGAUUGGACAAGGACUUUAUCUUUGCUGGUCGUAUCGAUGACAAGCUUUGCUGCUAUGCCGCUCAAGAGGCGCUCCUUGCCUCCCCCGACAGUGCAUCUCCAGGCGUUGUGAAGAUUGUUGGCAUGUUUGAUGAUGAGGAGAUUGGUAGCUUGCUGCGUCAGGGUGCCAGAUCAAACCUCUUGAGCAGUGUCAUGGAACGAAUUACGGAGGCAUUCGCGGCUAACUAUGGCCCCAACGUACUGGCCCAGACUGUUGCAAACAGUUUCCUUGUUUCUUCGGAUGUCUGCCACGCCGUCAACCCGAACUUCCUCGGCGUAUACCUGGAGAACCACGCUCCUCGCCUGAAUGUCGGUGUGGCUGUUUCUACCGACUCCAACGGCCACAUGACCACUGAUAGCGUUAGCCACGCUUUGCUGAGCCGUGUCGCCGAACGCAGUGGUUCAACCUUGCAACUGUUCCAGAUCCGUAACGACUCGCGAAGCGGCGGUACUAUUGGACCUAUGACCAGCGCACGUAUUGGAAUGAGAUCUAUCGAUGCGGGUAUUCCACAGUUGAGCAUGCACAGCAUCCGUGCGACGACAGGAAGCCUGGACCCUGGUCUGGGGGUGAAGCUUUUCAAGGGAUUCUUCGAUCAUUAUGAGGAGGUUGACAAGGAGUUUGCUGAAUUUUGA